AUGUAUUCUUCGUCUGUCGACCUCUUGACAUUUAUGAGGAGACAAAAAGCAGAUGAAGAACGGAGCUGGUCUUCGGUUUCUCGUCAUUUUUUGUGCAACGAAUGCAGAAAGUAUUUUCGUAAUAAGAGGGAGUUCUAUUGGCACACCGAAGAUUGUCUUUUCGAAGCGUUUGAAAGAGAAGUAGCAAUCAGUAAUUCGCGUGGAACGGAAGAAGACAUCGAGGAAAACGACGAUGAAUGGGAUAUACAGCCGUCAACUUCCGGAAUAAAUAUAGAUAGCAAACAUGAUAACCAGCUGGAUCACUCGAUAAAAUCUGAAAUAAUCUCCACAACGAAGAUCCCACCUCCACCUACAAUAAAACCUGCAACUGUGAUAUCUCCAUUAAAAUUGAGGAAAACUCAAAGAACAGCUGAAGAAGUGAUUGCAGGACCACGAGGCUCACAAAUAAUUGUUUCGGUGGAGCCGCAGGCAGAAGCAGGGUUUCAAUCAGACGAUGAAGAUAGUGAACCACCUCUUCUCAUAUCACAAGUGGAUCCCAACGAAGAAAAAAAUACUAAUGAUGAAGAAGAUGCUGAUAAUGGAGAUGGCGACGCAGAAGGUGAUCUAGAAUUCGGAGAUGAAGCAACUCCUUUGAGUUACAUCCCGUCUGGAAAGGUAAUUGGUGCUUUAGCAAACCCUGAUGAUGGGUCAAAGCCAAAAAUGGAGUGCCCCACAUGUGGACUUGUUCUUUAUCGCCACAAUUUUGCCGCUCAUUUUCGAAUUCACACUGGCGAACAGCCUUACGGUUGUGAUUUUUGUGGAAAACGGUUCAGAACGACAUCUUCACUUAAAGUGCAUAAAAGAGCACACACCGGCGAAAAACCUUAUUUGUGUCCCAGUUGUGAUUAUCGAACGAUCACAAAGAGAAAUUUAGAUCGACAUAUUGUUAAUCAUCAUAUCCGAAAUGCUGUUAUAAAAGGACCAAUAAUGAGGAGAUCAAGAACACUCCCACGAUACCCGCACCCUGAGGAAUAUACUCAACCGAAGGCAUCAGAUCUGAAGUUCUCGACCAAUGAAAAAAGAACAAGAUCUCCUGCUUCCACAUCAGGACUCAGAAGAAGUCAGAGAGAAAUCGGCGUUGUUCGAUCUAGAGACGACCAUACAUACAUUACGGAGAAUACAGCCAGUGGUUCACGGUCCAAGAUUCCAAAGUCUCAUUAUUCUGACGCCGUUCAAGAACUUAUUGAAGAUGUUCCUAUUGUAGAAGACGAUGAGAGUGAAACAUAUGAAUGA